AUGAAUUCGCUAUUUUGGAAUUGUCGAGGGCUUGGGAACCCUGCGACAAUUCGUCAACUGGUUUGGCUGGUCAAACAUAAGAAGCCCGAUGUGAUCUUCUUGAUGGAAACUAAACUUAUUCUGUCGGAUUGGUCACCUGUUCUGUUGAAGAUUGGCUUUGUGAAUUUCCAUGCUGUGGAGUGUGUUUGCUCGUCUGGGGGUAGACGAGGAGGUCUUUGUUUGAUUUGGGCUGAUGACUUGAAUUUGGCUGUGAAAUCCUCUUCUGCUAACCACAUUCUUGCGACGGUGGAGGAUGGGGUGCAUAGCGGUUGGGAUUUAUGUGGAAUCUAUGGUUGGAGCAAUACUGAGGAACAUAAGCUAACGUGGGAGCUUAUGCGAUCUCUUAGUUCACAAGUUUCUGAUGAGUGGAUCUGUGGUGGAGACUUCAACGAGACCAUGUACCAUUUUGAGAAAAAGGGCGGCAAUGUUAAAUCUGACGCCCGUUUGGAGAGGUUCCGCGAAACUGUUGACGUUUGUGGCCUCGUAGACCUUGGUUUCUCGGGGGAUCCUUUUACUUGGAAUAACAAUCAAAAAGGUGCUGAUAACAUCAUGGAGCGACUUGAUCGUGUCUUUGGGAGUAAUCAAUGGAUUCAUCGUUUCCCAGGGUUUGAAGUCACUCACCUUCUCAGAAAAUCGAGCGACCACUGCCCGAUCUUUCUUUAUCUGGAGAGUGGACAGGAUGUGACGCAAAACAGAUCUAAACCCUUCCGUUUCGAAGCUAUGUGGCUCAAGGAUGAAAGGUGUAAACCCUUUUGCGAAAGCUUAUGGAUGGCAGGUGGCCAGGGCGGCUCGGUGGAGGACAUUAAGAUCAAGCUGGAAAGUAUGGGGAAGGAACUCAAAAUCUGGGAGCAUAAUACUUUCGGGAAUGUUAAGAUAAGAUGCAACGAGAUUAGAAAAGAAUUGGCUAAUCUUCAGAAGCCAAGCACUGAUGCAUGGUCAAAGGAUGAACAGAGGGCUCUCGAGAAUGAAUUGGAUACGCUUUUAAAACAAGAGGAAAUCAUGUGGAAACAGAGGUCGAGGGCUGAUUGGCUGAAUGAGGGGGACAGAAACACUGGCUUCUUCCACAAAGUAGCCGGAGGGAGGAAAAAAGAAACCAUAUCAAGGAAGUUCAGGGAGUGGAUGGUACUAGAGUGA